AUGGAUUGCUUAAACAAAUUCGACGCGAACCACCUAGCCGCGGAGAGCAAGGGGGAAGAGUACUACACGGAAAAUAUGGCCACCAAGAGGAAACUAAAAAAUUGCUGCAAACGGUGGAGUGACGAUAAGAACAGCAGAGACAUCUUUGUCAACCACAAAAACCAAAUUGAUGAGAGUUCUUUUUUUAAAAUUUUAAAAAAAACAUGGAACUUACUAUUUAUUAAUGAAGAAGAAAAAGGGAAAUUACUUUAUGGUGAAGGAGACCAAAAUAUGUAUACGUUGCCAAACUUUUUAAUUAUAGACCCUCUCUCAAGCGGUGUGAUCAACCCGUUUGACACGGAUCAGGUUGGGAUGUCGCUCGAUGAAGGGGAGGACAUCGCGUCUGACAAUGUGCAAGUGGAUAAUGGGGAUCACGGUAUGGCGGAUUCCCCCCUGGAAGGGGGCUACCAGGACUGCCAAGCGGCUGAAAAGAAGGGGGACUUCCAAACGGCUGAGAACAAUGGGGACUUCCAAACGGCUGAGAACAGUGCGGAGUAUCCACUCGAGGCGAACCAUCCCCAUUGCGCAGCUGGACAGACCUGGGAUGACGGCCUGGAGGAGGACGAACAUUGGGUCGCAGCCAUUCAUGCCUCCCCCGUGAAAGAAGAAAACUCUCCCAUGGAUGACCUCUCACCGGAUAAAGAAAGCUCCCUCAAAAUGAGAACCUCCAAAAAGAGCAGCAUUAACAAAAAGUAUAUUGACAUUUACCACAAGCAUGACGACUCGUACAGUUUCCACGACAAAGAAAUAGAUGAUUUUCUGAUUCUUUCCGAUGUCGCAACAGGGGUCAGCGGCGCCGAAGAGGGGGGUGAACAGAACAGAAGCGACGAACCAAUCGAACUGCAUAGUGGGGAAUCAAGUCAAAACAGGGUGAGCAGUGACCAAGGAUGGUCAAUGCCCCCAAUAGAUGCAACUCCAAGUUGCCCCAACCCUGACGUGGAAACCCCCUCAGCAGCAUCCCAGACGGAAGCGGACCCCCCGCAGCCUGGAGGGGGAAAUGGAGACACCUAA